AACGGAAUGUCUGUGGAUGAGAAGACUGAAUCCCCCAUGUAUGUGUAUGAGUCAACAGUCCAUUGUACCAAUAUCCUCCUAUGCCUCAAUGACCAGCGGAAGCAGGAUAUUCUCUGUGACGUGACUUUGAUUGUGGAGGGCAAAGAGUUCCGAGCCCACCGGGCUGUGCUGGCUGCAUGCAGCGAAUACUUCUUGCAGGUGUUAGUCGGGCAGACAGAAAAUGACCUGGUUGUCAGCCUGCCAGAAGAGGUCACUGCCAAGGGAUUUGGUCCGUUGUUGCAGUUUGCCUACACUGCUAAGCUAUUACUCAGCAGAGAAAACAUACAAGAGGUCAUCCACUGUGCAGAAUUUCUACGCAUGCACAACCUGGAGGAUUCCUGCUUCAGCUUCCUUCAGACCCAGCUGCUAAACAACGAAGAUGGCCUGUUCCUUUGCAAAAAGGAUCUCACCUAUCAGCGGAUGCAUGAAGAUGAGAACUCGGAGGGAGAAGAGGAAGAGACUAUGGAGUCGGAGACUUCAAAGAUAUCGUGCUCAAGAGAGAGAAUGCACCCAGAGCCCUUUGACUUUGAAUCGGCCACUUCUGGAGCCAGUAAAGAGGAAGGGAUGCUGCCAGACUCAGAAAUACUAGAUGAUGGCAAGGAUAGUUUGGAUAAAGAAGUAGUAACACGGUACCCCAGGUAUAAGAAGUACCAGCUGGCUUGUACCAAGAAUGUCUACAACGCAUCACAUGUUAGUACCUCAGGUUUCACAAGCACAUUCAAUGAAAAAGUUUCGAGUGAUGACCUCAAACCAGAACUUGCUGUCGGGCAAAUUAAAAGUGAGCCUAGGAAUGAGGAAAAUGAUGAAGAAAACAUCACACUUUGCCUCUCUGGAGAUGAGACUGGUGCCAGGGAUAAAGAGGGAGAUGUUGAAAUGGACCGAAAGCAACCAAGUCCCAAUGGAGCUGGUAGGUCUAAAAGCAGUUCCUCUCCUUCCUGCCUAAGAUCUUUCUUCAACCGAACAAAAACCAUAGACUUAGAUGGCUUCCCAAGUACUUCCCAACAGCACUUUGCCAGAAAUCCAGCAUGCCCUUUUGACAAGGGGACAACUCAGGGUGACCAUAAAGCUGAUUAUGUCCCUUUCACGGGCAGUUAUGGGCUCUCCCAAGCUGUUCAGAAGGAUGCUUCCAGUUUUACAGUGGGAUCGCCUCUCAGAGGUCCUGGCUUUGUUGAAGGUCUCUGUAAGCAGGAAGGUGAGGUGGACAGGAGGACUGUUAUAUUCUCUUCAAAUGUUUGUGACCAAGUAAACCCUUCGGUGCAUUCAUAUUCUGGCAUGAGCAGCUUGGAUAAAGAUCUCACCGAGACUGUGCCAAAAGGUCUGUGGGCAGGAAGCAGCCAAUCUCUUCCCAGUUGCCAGACCUAUGCUCAUAUUGGACAGACAGCUGACCACUUCCCAGGACGGAUGCGGCCCAACACCAGCUGCCCAGUGCCAAUUAAAGUUUGUCCUCGGUCUCCUCCUCUGGAAACCAGAACAAGGACCUCCAGCUCAUGUUCCUCCUACUCUUAUGCAGAGGAUGGCAGCGGUGGUUCUCCCUGUAGCCUCCCUCUGUGUGAGUUUUCAUCUUCCCCCUGUUCUCAAGGAGCUCGAUUCCUGGCCACUGAGCAUCAGGAGCCGAGCAUGAUGGGAGAUGGAAUAUACAGCCAAGUCAGACCCCAGAUAAAAUGUGAGCCAUCCUAUGGAACAAACUCUAGCGAUGAGUCUGGAUCGUUCUCUGAAGCAGACAGUGAGUCAUGUCCUGUGCAAGACAGAGGACAUGAGGUGAAACUUCCAUUUCCUGUAGAUCAAAUCACAGAUCUUCCAAGGAAUGAUUUCCAGAUGAUGAUAAAGAUGCACAAAUUAACCUCAGAGCAAUUGGAAUUUAUCCAUGAUGUUCGGCGGCGCAGUAAAAAUAGAAUUGCAGCACAGCGCUGCCGCAAGAGAAAACUGGACUGUAUUCAGAAUUUAGAAUGUGAAAUCCGCAAAUUGGUUUGCGAGAAAGAGAAACUUUUGUCAGAAAGGAACCAGCUGAAAGCAUGCAUGGGAGAGUUAUUAGAUAAUUUCUCCUGCCUUUCUCAAGAAGUAUGCAGAGAUAUGCAGAGCUCUGAACAGAUCCAAGACCUUCACCGAUACUGCCCUGUGCUCAGGCCUAUGGAUCUUCCAACAACAGCUAGUAUCAACCCUUCACCAGGUGGAGUGGAACAAAAUGUAGUGACAUCCCAGUGCAUUGGAGAAGGCUUGCAGUGCUGUUCAGAACAAAGCCCAGUGCAGCAGCUGGGAGCCCAUUGGCUGCCCAACAACAUUUCUGACAAAUGUACCACAAGAAGGUUGGAUGGAGCUGACCAAGUUACUUACUCUGAGCAGGAGCUCCCUCCAGAGCAGAGCAACCAAGCAGUGACAGUGGAUUUCUGUCAGGAAAUGACUGAUAAGUGUACCACAGAUGAGCAGCCUAGGAAGGAGUACACCUAGUGUGGGUAUCCCUUUUACAUCACACCUAGCAAGGUCUCUUCAGUCAGUCAGUGGCCACGAUAAUUUGUUGUCUAUAUUGAAGAACAUACUUGGUGCACACUACAGUGGUCUUAGCAGCAAUACUGUUUUUAAGUAUUCCAUCCUCUCUACAAGCAGGAGUUUAACUUCUUCACUAUGGUGCUAUCCCUUGCUCAGGCAGGGGAACAAAGCAGUGGCAACACUGUCUGAUUCUUUUUUAUUGUUUUUGUUGUUGUUGUUGUUGUUGUUGUUGUUACUGUAUUUUAAUUUCAAUAUUCAACAGGGAUGGACAUAACACCUCUGAGGACCCAAACACAGCUUUUUCUCAGUGGCCCAUGUCACAAAACCCUAACUCAGGAAUUUCCUCUGAAUGUUCAAUUUUUCAUUGAAGACAGCUUCUUUACACAUCAAA